AUGGCACAGACGUCACCGGAACAUGCAUUAGAUGACGAAGUAUCUGGCCCUCUUGGAAACCUUGCCUACGAUGAGAAUUUAAAUGAAGUGGUAGACAUUGGAUCGGAUGUGGAGGAAAUCGAGGGUAUGGAUGGAACAACAGCUUCCACAUUAUGCUCAGAAUUGGUGGAAGAUCAGAACGCUGGUGCACGUCUCAAAGCAAGCAGCGAGAAAAAACCAUCGCAAACCCUACGGUCGCGAUUAUCUGCAAAACGCUCGAGAUAUGCGUUUUCCAAAACUAGUAGAACCUCCAAAACUAGCAAGGGAAGGAAGAGUCGCAUGAGCACUCGACGUCACCACAACAAGAGUAAGGCCCAAAAGUGA